CCCGAAUCAUAUCCAAAUCCAAUUCAGCAACCCUAGUCCCUCGAAAGUUCUCCCAUUCUCGCCAUAAUCGCUGAUCUUCUUCGCUCUCUGAGCUUACUCUAUUAGUGACCGUGAAGCUGUUAGAAUUUACGAACCAAAAUCUGAAUCGCAACAAGAAAAGUUUGCGGAUCAAUCGAGAGUUCUUGACCGGUUUAGUGGGAGUCUCACAUUUUUAACAGAAUCUGGGCCAUUAAUGGACCUAUCAGCACCAAUGAUGGUCUUUUCAAUAACUGAGUGAAAAGGCUAUCCUAGAAUUUUAAGCUCUGCAUGAGGAUUUGGGAUAGCUAGAAAUUAUUUUCAAGGGAAGCCUUUGUCAACAUGGGUAAGAACAUGCGUGAAAAGGAUGGACAUAAGAUGGGAAAUAACCAGGUUGAAGAAGGAAUUGCUGUUGAAAAGGAAAGUGAUGUUUUGGAUGUGUCAACUGAGAAUAUGAAUGAUGUUUCCAAAUCAAGCAAUAGAGAUGAUGAUAAGAAUAAGGGAAAGGAUGAUAACAAUGAAAAGAAGAAGGAUCGAACAAAAAAGAGGAAAUCAGAGUUUGAUACAGAUGAAAAUGAAUCUCGUAAGGCUCAGAAGAAGCAUAAGAAAGGUAAAGAUGCAGUUGGUGAAAUUAAAAAGAUUUCAAUGGAAACUUGUUUGAGUGGAAAAGAGAACACAGAACAAGAAAGUAGCGAGGCAAUGUAUUUGGAGAACAAUUUUGAUUCGGAAGCAAAAAGGGUUAGGAAAGAUAAACACAAGAACAAGAAUAGAGAUGGGAUUGAUGCAGUUGCUACUGUGACUGAAACCCUUGAACAUAGUAAAAUGCAAGAGCCAAUUGAGACACAGAAAAUCUGCAGCACUGAAGACAUUAAUAAGUUUGUGCAAGGAACAGAAGGUGAAUACGAGAAGCGAAAGAAGAAGAAGAAACAAAAGCUGGAGAAGGUGAGUGGUAAUGUUGCUGGUCAUAUUGCAGUAAUGAGCAGCAUAAAUGAUGGAAAUGAUAAACACAAGAACAAGAAUAGAGAUGGGAUUGAUGCAGCUGCUACUGUGACUGAAACCCUUGAACAUAGUAAAAUGCAAGAGCCAAUUGAGGCCCAGAAAAUCUGCAGCACUGAAGACAUUAAUAAGUUUGUGCAAGGAAAAGAAGGUGAAUACGAGAAGCGAAAGAAGAAGAAGAAGAAACAAAAGCUGGAGAUUGGUGGUCAUAUUGCUGUAAUGAGCAGCAUAACUGAUGGAAAUGAUACUGAUAAAGAGGAUUCAGCUGGCAAUAAGGUCGAAUGCAGAAAAUUAGGGGGUGAUGUUGGUGAUGCUGAAGAUGGUAACAGAGGGAGGAAAAAGAAAUCUAAAUCAGUGAAAAAUGAUUCUGAGGGUAAACAUCAUAAAGGUGAUGCAAGAACCAGAAAAAGUGUCGACUCUACCAAUCAGUCUGAAAAUGCUACACCUAAAGAGAGAUCUAAGAAAGUGAGUUUCUGUGAUCAUGUUGAGGUUUUCCCUCCUGUGGAUGUUAUAGAUGAAGUGAACAAGGAUGGCAAAGAAGGCUUAGUAUAUGGUAGGCGAUACUCAAAAGAAGAAGAUGAGAUUCUUAUGAAUGCUGUUGCCAAUUACAUUGAUUCUCAUGAAUUAGGUGAUGAAGGUGUAAAUAUGGUUCUGAACUGUAGACUUUACCCUGAAGUGAAAAACUGUUGGAAGGAAAUUCAAGCCGGCAUUCCUUGGAGGCCUCUUGGUAGUGUGUACCAUCGAGCUCAUGUUCUUUUCGAAAGGGAUGAGAAGCGUCCAUGGACCCCUGAAGAGUAUGAGGUCAUCCACAAGUUUGUUGAAAAACAUGGAACCAAUUGGAGAUUGUUGGGUGACACUCUCGGCAAGUAUAGGCAUCAUGUAAAAGAUACAUGGCGUAGAAUAAAACUGACCAAUACAAGUAAAGGGCAUUGGUCUCAAGAGGAGUACCAGAAUUUAUUUGACUUAGUGAACUUGGAUUUAUGUAUGAAAGCUUCUGAGGAAAAGAAAUCCAAGCAUGGAAUGUUGCGAGACAAUAUUUGUUGGACUGCUAUUAGUGACAAGAUGCAAACCAGAGCCUUUGCCAAUUGUUGCAAAAAAUGGUAUGAUAGCUUAGCGUCUCCCAUGGUAGCAGAAGGCAUAUGGGCAGAUGUUGAUGACUAUCGCAUGCUGAAUGCUCUUUGUAGCUUGGACGCUUGCUGUAUGGAAGAUGUGGACUGGGACAAUCUUAUUGAGCAUAGGUCUGGAGAUAUAUGUCGAAAGCGGUGGAACCAGAUGGUUCAACAUAUAGGUCCACAUAGGGACAAGUCUUUUGCUGAACAAGUUGAAAUUCUUGCUAAUCGAUAUCGUCCAGACAUGCUUGAUGCAAGAGAGGCCUAUGAUAGCAAAUGCCCAGUUGAUCAGCCAUAGCCGCGUUGCUAUUGUUAUCUACAGAACAUGACAUCUUUUAGAGCAAUCUCCUAAUAGACCCCUUUGUUUAUGUUUAAAUCUCCCCCUAAUGGUCUUAAUAGUCUGGCAAUAUGGAUCUUAAUAUUCUUAACAUGUUUCUGAGUUUCCUCUUAUAGGCGAGUUGUUGGAUAAUCCUGCAGUGUACUGUAGUUAAUUGCCGAUAAACUUCUUUUUCUGUAAGAGUUUAUUUUUGAAAUUCAAUUGAGUUGGAGUUUGUAAAAGAUUUAUAAUAUAAGUUUGUAAAAGAUUUAUAAUAUAAUCUAUCUCUGUUUGCUUCUGCUUUUAUAUCCUUUGUUCCUGAU